AUGUAUGGGGGGACGGCUUCGCCUGGAAUUGCAUUGCCGACUUACUUGCUCCCUGAUCCCGCCUCUCCUUUCACUACUACUUUCCAUGACGAAGAAGAGGAGACUAUACUAGGGCACCACCAUUCAUCUCAUCCAUCGACUACUACUGCCAAGGCUCAAGGAGGGGAAUUCGAUGGGUUUGGGAGUGAUGUUGAACACCAGGCACAGCAGGCAUCAAGCUCUGCAGAGUCUGCACGGAAACGGUGGGAUCUGUUUUCCGUGCGAGUUCAUUUGGGCGUUUUCCACGCGAAGAAAAAUCUAAAGCAGGGCGGUUCUUCUGUGUCAUCGUCAUCAACUUCUACUGCAUCUCCGACGAUACCUAGCUCGAAUCCGGCAGGGCUGCGGUCGCCCAAGUUGGCGCCUAGUUUUCAUGUCUCCUCCAUCCAAGUUACUUCAUUUCUAGAAGGGAGAUCUCGCAAAGAUGCCUAUCAUACUCUGCGAGCUGACUUCAAGGAUGUUGACUACUAA